GAGGUGGGCUAUUGCAGAGACCUGAGCCAAGUGGCCGCCUUGUUCCUUUUGUACCCUCCCGAAGAGGACGCAUUCUGGGCACUGGCACAGCUGCUGGCCAGUGAGAGGCACUCCCCGCAGGGAUUCCACAGCCCAACUGGCUGGACAGUCCAGGGGCUCCAAGACCAUCAGGAGCAUGUGGCGCCCUCAUCACAACCCAACACCAUAUGGCAUCUGGUGAGUUUAUGGUCCUCUGGACUCUUCUCCAGAGGCCCUGCAUCACGACAUCUCGUGAGUCUAUGGUCCUCUGGACUCUUCUCACAGAGUUCCUCAUUUGGCGCAGAGGAUUCCGUAUUAGGCUGGCUUCUCCGGAUGCUCAAUGAUGAGCCCCGGGACCAUGGGACAGGAGCAGCUGGCACCAUGGACCGAGUACCUCCCAGGCUCCAAGACACGGGCCAGCUUGGAACAUGCGGGGCCAGAACCCAGGAAAAUCCUGAGGAGACAGAAGGCAGCAAAGAAAAUCAUGUACAAUGGGGAAAAGUGCUCUCCCUGACCCAUGGGGACCCAUACUCAAUGCACUUGAACCUGUGGGAUGUCUAUUUGAUGGAGGGGGAGCACACGCUGAUGCCGAUCACAAGAACCAUCUUCAAGGUUAGGAGGAGGAACUCUCCUGCCCUGAUGCCCACCCUGUCCCUAGAGCACCUCCUGAGAACAUCGAGGCCUGGCCUGUGGGCACAUUUUCGGGACCUCUUUUACCAUUCCUGGGUUUUGUAUGAUGAGAAAGUAUUAAAACAUCUCCGGGCCUUGAGGCAGACAAAGAAGCACCAGGACAUGCCAUUCCCAGCCAAACCCGCGCAAGGGUCCUCGGCACGCAGGCCGGUGCUGGCUUCACCUGGCAGGAAGACCCUCUGCAAGGGGGACGGUCAGCCCCCUCUGGGCUCAGCAACCCGGUUCCAGCAGCCCAUUUGGUCAGCUCCCCCGCCAUGGGCGCCUCAUCCUUUCACACCCUUUUCUGGGGCUGUCUGUGAAAACAUCUACUCUUGGGGCAUUCAGGGUGUGCCCAGCCCAGCCCUGGUUCAGGGAGGACCUCACCAUUCCUGGAGAUUCAUCGCAUGGACUACCAUGCCCCAGCUCCCGACGGACCUGGAUGUGGGGGGCCCUUGGUUUCCCCACUGUCGUUUUGAAAAGAGCUGCUGGGUCUGUGUCCCUUGUGAAUGUGUCCUUUACAGCCCUGGGACCAUGGGACAGGAGCAGCUGGCA